AUGUACAUAGUCCUAUUUAAGGCAGACUAUCUGGAUAGACUUGGUACGGCACCCGGCACAAAAGUACCCGAAAGCCGAACGGGGCCAUAUAAAUUAGUGACAGCCCCCCUUCAUUAUAUUUUUACCACGGCAUUUGACAAAUCUUCCCUAAAACACAGAACUUCAUUCUGUCUUACCAUGUCGUCGAAAGCUCAUAUUUUGACUAUUGGCGGCGGCGGAGUAGGAACUAUCGUGGCGUACAACAUUGAGGAAGGUGGACUUGCAACCAGUCAAAUGGUCCUUCGAUCCAAUUAUGACACUGUUGUGACAUCCGGCUUCAGCAUCGAGUCUUGUGACCACGGUACUAUCCACAAAUGGAAACCAGCUGGUGGUGUUGUCGACAGUAUUUCGAGUGCGGCUUCUCUCGGACAGGUUUACGACUACAUUAUCUGUUGUACCAAAAACAAUCCUGAUGCGCCGCCACCAUCCUUGGUAGACAUUGUCCGCCCUGUAGUGACACCUGACCGAUCGGUGAUAAUCUUGAUUCAAAACGGACUCAACAUCGAAAAACCAUAUAUCGAAGCUUUCCCUACCAAUGUUGUCCUAUCUGGUGUGAGUUUGUGCGGUUCCACUGAAAUAGCACCGGGACGUAUCAUCCACAACGAUGCCGACAAGCUGCUGGUUGGCUAUUUUCCAAAUGCAAACAUAGAUCCGGGAAUCCAAAUUCGAGCCGCAGAAGAGUUUGUCCGCAUCUACAAAGCAUCUGGUCGUGUUGAGGUCCAGUACGAUUCAGACGUGAUACGCAGCCGGUGGCGCAAGCUAAUUUACAACACUGUGUACAACCCAAUCUGCGCGCUGACUGACCUUGACUCCUCGCGUCUGCGACUAUUUUCCAUGCCGGAAAUGAAUGGUACAGCCGCUCCCUCUUUUAACUUUGUUGAGACUUUGAUUCGCCCUGCCAUGCUUGAGGUGUGUGAAGCAGCGAAAGCCGCGGCGGGCGUGGAAUUUCAACCGGACGUGGUAGACCUUCAGGUAAAUGCCGAAUCCAUCGAUGGCUUCAUUUUAACAAGCAUGCAGCAAGAUGCACGCAAGGGCAGGCUCUUGGAAUGUGAAGCCAUUCUGGGCGAGGCUUUGCGUGAGGGCGAACAGGCAGGUGUUUCUAUGCCCGUGGUAAGGACCCUGUAUUCUUUGUGCAAGGGGUAUCAAUUCCGAGUCAGAGAGAAACUGGGAAUGUUGCCUAUGACGCUUGAUGAAGCUGUCACAAUCUAUAAAAAAUAA